ACUUUACAGUUGCGCAUCUCUAGCUGUUUUAGUAAAAUAUAUGUAAACAAAUGCCGGCUUUCCUCGACUUCAAUUGUUGCAAGACCAUCGACUGCAAACAGGGCGCAGUGCGUGCUGUCCGUUAUAACGUUGAUGGCACUUAUUGCAUGAGCUGCGGCUCCGACAAAAAGGUGAAACUUUGGAAUCCCGCAACGGGAUUAUUGCUCAAAACAUAUGGCGGCCAUGCGGACGAGGUGACCGAUGCUGUGGGCAGCUGCGACAGCAGCUAUAUCGUCUCUGCCAGCCUGGACAAAAGCAUCAUCUACUGGGAUGUGUCAACAGGUACUCCCGUGCGUCGGCUGCGCAGUCACGCUGGCGGCGUGCGCUGCGUCUGCUUCAACGAGGACUCGAGCAUAGCGAUAUCGGGGGGUCGGGAUAAUGCCGUGAUGUGCUGGGACAUACGCACCCGGCGCCUGGAGCCGGUGCAGGUGAUGAAGGAGGCAAAGGAUUGCAUUACCACAGUGCUGACCAAUGAGCAGAAGAUCUAUGCCUCGUCGCUGGACGGCUGUGUGCGUCACUACGACAUACGCAUGGGCGAGAUGUGCUGCGACAAGAUUGGCCAGGCCAUCACCUACCUGGCGCAGACGAGGGACGAGCAGUGCCUCGUCGCUGGCUGCCAGGACAGCGUGGUGCGCCUGCUCGACUGCGAAUCGGGUGGCUUACUCUCCGAGUAUAAAGGCCACCAGGCCGAUGAUUAUCACAUCGAGUGCGGCAUCUUGGCCAGCGAUGCGCAUAUUGUGGCCGGCUCCAGCGCGGGAGAUGCCGUCAUCUGGGAUCUGCUCGAGGCGAAAGUGCUUCAACGCAUUCGCAUAAGUGAUAAUGGAGGCGUGGUGCAUUCCUUGGCAACGCAUCCCAAGCGACAGGAGCUGCUCUUUGCCAGGAGGAGGGAUAUGUAUGUCUUCUCAGCAGAUCUUCAAAUUGAGGAGCAGCAAUUGUAGCAAUGCAGAAAUUGGGAUUGAAACACCCCCUAUAAUAGUAAUAGUAAUUGUAGAAAUAUCAAAUCUUCUAGCAUUUAGUAUUAGCUUAAUUUAUAUCGAAAUAAGGCUAGUCAUGAUUCUGUUAGUUUUAUUGUUCUGAAAUAUUAUUUCUACACUCAAGAAAAUCAUCCAAAAUUUUCGGGCUUUGCAUUUUUGUGAAUUUUUCUAAAGUUUACAAAAAAUAUAUAUAAUUUUCAAGACGUUUUUUAUGAAGAAUUAUUAUAUUAGCUUUGUUAUACUUAUAUUAUUGAUAAACAUAAACAAUAAAGCGGAGCCAGUAACUUUCAACCAUGUAGGUUGGAAUCUUCUGAUAAAAU